AGAGACCAACACCAUGAACAGUAGGAAGCCUGGGACAGGAGGCCCCGACAUCCAGUCUGGCUCACUCAUCUUCCUAAUGCUGCUGAUGCUGACACUAGGCUUGGCCCUGGCCCAGGAUGCAGUGCUGCUGUGCCCAGAGAAGGCCCUGGAUGUGAUGGUGAAAAGGACAGAGUCUGAGAUGUCAAUGACUGGGACACUGAUCCUGUCCUGCAAAGGCUGCAGUCAAUUUGCCCACUCCAGCUUCCUGUACUGGCUGGGUAACCGUUCCUUCACGGAACACCUUCCAGGCAAACUAUGGGAGGACAAGACUCGGAGGCAGCAACAGAGUGGAGUAACCUGGCUACAGCGAGACCUUGUACUGGAGGAGCUGAGCCCCACUCUGCAGAGCACCAACUUCUCCUGUGUUCUAGUGGACCCGGCGCAGGUCAUUCAGCACCACGUGCUCCUGGCCCAGCUUGGGGAGUCUGAUACAUCAUCCCAAACUCCAAACCUCAGCCACCAGCCGAGGAGUCCCAGUCCAGUCACACCCCUGACAACUUCCAGACCUGGGGAAGAAUCCCAGACGGCCACCCCAGUGACAUCAGACCAGCCCUGACCAGUAGAGGCAGCAGAGAUGGGACAAGAAGCCUUCCAAUAAAACGUUAACCCCA